AGUGAGUGAUGACUACAGUACAGGCAGCUCGAGUCUAGCUCUACCACUAUUCUGGCACAAACACACAGAGACUGUCAAUGGAUAUCACAGAUUAACCAUGACAGGUGCAGUUUCCGUACCUGGAAGAAGCUGGAUAAAGCAAAUGAGUUGAGCGGAGGAGAGAGCAGCUUCGUAUGGAUUUAUAAUUUUAACCACAUCUCUACUUGUAUCCUUUUCUUUUUUUUUUUUUAAAUCAUACAGUUAUCAAGACAAUCAGAAAUGCACUGGUGACUUCAUGAUUUGUCUUGCCAAGAAAGAACGAAUUGCUGGGACUUCCAUCCUACAGAACUGGCUUUAAAAGUUACAUUUCUUCCGUAUUCAUCUUUGUUUUGAACUGAUCACACAAAAAAAGUAAGGAAAAAGAAAACAACUAAUGGCUAACAACAUUUUGAUUCUUCCAGCCACGUGCAUGAAGAACUGUAUCUAAAUGGAACACACUUAGUUGCCCUCUCUUUGAAGCAAGAAGGUAUGUCAAUAAAAUACCUGGAUUACCCUUUUGACUGCCUAUUAAAAUCACAACGGAGGAAUUAAAGGGAAAGCAGGGGGCUAAGUGAGUGGGAACUGCAUUUCUCCACUUAAGACAACCUGAUUGUUAUUAUAAGCUGAUCGGAUACUGUAAAGACUAGAGUGGAACCUCCCUUCACGUUCUGGGUCAAAGGGAUUGGCAGAAGAAUGCUGGAGGCAGGAUGGCGAUGUGUUGGCAGAGAGCUGCAGUUGUUAGAUGGUUCCUCUUGAUGCUCCUGUUGCAUUGGGCACCUCUGUGCUCACUGAGCUGGUUCUUGGCUCUGGCUGAGCCUCUGACCCAGAAAACCUCACCUUUAAUUUCCAUCUCCGGAUGGAGCAGCGGCCAGCUGGACUGGCUCCUGUCUGAUAAAGGGCCCUUCCAUCGCUGUCCAGAAUAUACAGAGUUCAAAGAACGCAUCCAACAAGGCUUCUCCACACGCUACAAAAUCUACAGGGAGUUUAGUCACUGGAAAGUGAACAGCUUGGUGACAGAGAAGAGAGAUUUCUUCAAAGCCCCACUGCCUUUGGCGCCAGAGUUUUUACGCAACCUAAGGCUUCUGGGGAGAAGGCCGAGCCUUCAGCAGAUCCAUGAAAACCUAAUCAAGAAAUAUGGCACUCAUUUCUUGGUAUCAGCCACACUGGGAGGGGAGGAGUCGCUCACAAUCUUCUUGGACAAACAGAAGCUGAGUAAAAAGACAGAGGGAAAAGGAAACAGCUCCAUGGUCUCCCUGGAAAUCUUGCACCAGUUGGCGGCUUCAUACUUCACAGACAGAGAAAGCACCCUGCGAAGACUGCACCACCUGCAGAUUGCUACAUCUGCCAUCAAGGUAACGGAGACCAGAACAGGGCCUCUUGGAUGUAGUAACUACGACAGCCUGGAUUCUGUCAGCUCCGUCUUAGUGCACAGCCCAGAAAACAAAAUCCAUCUGAAAGGUCUACAGGAUGUGCUCCCAGAGUUUCUGCGGAAUCGUUUUGUGGAGGCAGCCCUCAGUUACGUGGCAUGCAAUUCUGAGGGUGAACUACUGUGUCACAACAAUGACUGCUGGUGCCACUGCUCCACAAAGUUCCCAGAUUGUAACUGCCCCUUUGCAGACAUCAAAGCCAUGGAAGAGAGUCUCCGUAAAAGCAAGGAGUCCUGGACUAAUCUCAACUUUGAUUUCUUGGAGUCAGAUGAGUUCAAGUCCUUUCUCAAGAAAUUGCCAACGGACCAGUUUUUAAACACCUCCGCCAUCUUAAAGUUCUGGACGUCAGAUCUGGUCCUGCAGAGACGCUAUGGUAUGCUGGAAGCGAGCACUAAGGUGGUGCUUGGCAAAGCUAUCAAGAUAGUUCGCAAGCUCUUUGCUCUCAGCAAGCGCUGUCCAACACAGCCAAAGAUCAGCCUGACAAGAGAAAGGACUCUAGGGUUUUGGCUAAACAAAGCCCAGUCUCUGUUGUACUGCAGUGAGCAUGGUGUGCAUGGCACCUUCUCAGAGGAACUGCAGGGCUGCAUCUGCGCUGCAGAGCAACGGACUCUCUGCCAGGGCACUGUGCCAUGUAGGGUGGGUGAGGGGACACCCUGCUCGUCCUGUGCCCCAGAUAACAUUACCCGCUGUGGCACAUGCUUCCCAGGCAGCAUCCUCCAUAUGGGUUCCUGUCACCCCAACAUUGCCAACUCACUGGACCACUACGUCAACUUUGAAUUUGACAUGCCUGACGCUGAGAUGCAUUACCUCCUCCAGAGGCUUGAUAGCCGCAUGGAGGUCCAUGCAAUCUACAUCAGUAAUGAUGUGCGGCUCGGCAGCUGGUUCAACCCAGCAUGGCGGAAACGCAUGCUGCUCACCCUCAAGAGCAACAAGAACAAAUCCAACCUUAUCCACAUGUUGAUGGGGAUCUCUUUCCAGAUCUGUUCCACAAAGAACAGCACACUGGAACCUGUGCCUGCAAUCUACGUCAACCCCUUUGGGGGCAGUCAUUCAGAGAGCUGGUUCAUGCCGGUUAACCAGCAGGACUUCCCAGACUGGGAAAAAACGAAAUUGGAUGCCUCACUUCAGUGCUAUAACUGGACCCUCAGUCUUGGCAGCAAGUGGAAGUCCUUCUUCGAGACGGUUCACAUUUACCUUCGUAGCCGUAUCAUUACAGAUGAGCCUGCAGUCAACGAGACGCUUUUUUAUGAACCGCUCGAUCUGGAUGACAACUCGGCCAACCUGGGCUACAUGAAAAUCAACAGCCUGAAGGUCUUUGGGUACAGCAUGCACUUCGAUCCAGAGGGUAUCAAAGAUCUGAUCUUGCAGUUGGACUACCCCUACACACAGGGCUCACAAGAUGCAGCCUUCUUGAUGCUUCUAGAGAUGAGGGACCGCAUCAACCGGCUCUCUCCACCAGGAGCCCAGCCACUGGACCUCUUCUCCUGCCUACUGAGGCACAGGCUCAAGCUUUCAUCCAGUGAGGUGGUACGCAUACGGGAUGCGCUCCAGAGUUUCAAUGCCAAGCUGCCUAAUUCUGCUGAGCCAGAACUCAGCCAGCUGUGCAGCUAGCUCAGAUCACACAUUUUGGCCUGUGUGUGUGAAUGUAUUUGUAUGUGAUGAAAGAGAGGGAAAAUAAAUAUAUUGUCAGUGUGUGUGCAAAUGUUUGUAGAUGAGAGCAUCUUUGAAUGAACCUCCUUUGGGCGGGAUGCAUUGCAGGAUUUUUUAUUGUGACUGGCAUAGGAGUGUUUACAGUAGGAGGCUUCUGAAUUGCCAGAAUAUUCCCUCACAGGGAAAACUUUGUGGAAGAAGGGUGGAUGUAGCCUACAUUCAAAACUACUAACUGGCUUUGAGAAAAGGUUCGCUUUAAUACAAUGGGGAUUUAACUUAAGGAGACUUCCUACUAGAUGAUCCUGAGCAAACAUGGAAAAGAACAUUUUAUUUGAGAAUAUACACUUGUGAUAUGCAUAAGUGGAUUUCUCUUCCCAGUACACCCCUGACUGUACCUAGUCUGCUGUUCUGCAGGUGCUGUAGGGAUUUUGUGUUGAUGUGAUGGCAUUAUUUGAGAUGAAAGCAGAGAACCAAUGAUAAGGAUUCCAUUCUGAUCUGAAGUUUUGGACCACACUGGCCCAAAUGUUAUAACAAUCAACAGAGAUUUAAAUCUUUCCUUUUCUAUUUUAUCUGGAGUCACAACUCCUGUAUUGUGAGAUCUGUAUAUCUGUAUUUGAUGUUGGACUGAAUUGCCAGAAUGUUGGAUAAAAAUUCCUUUGUAUUCAUAGAUAUGGCUAAACCAUAAGGCAAACAUGAAAGCAAAUUGAAUGGCAAAAUUUAUUGCUGUUUCUUACUGUUUUUUUUUUUUUUCAUGUUCAUUGAAAUCUCUUCUGAGGUAACCUUAAGAUAACAUUCAUACAAUAUUGUUUUGAAAAGGUUUGUGGACAGCUUUGUAAAUAUUGCCCCAUCUCAUUCAAGACAUGAAAAGCUUUCAUUGCUUCUUGGAUAUAUACAGAUGUAUUUGUACUUUUUUAAAGUGCAAAGACCAAACUACACUUCAACACAAAACAAUUGCCUUAUGAAGUGAAAUCUCUGUUCUUAUAUCAAAGCACACUUGGCUGUACGUCUCUCUCUCUCUCUCUCUCUCUCUCUCUCUCUCUCUCUCUCUCUCUCUCUCGCUCUCUCUCUUUAAAUAAGGCAAAAGAAAAAUUCUCUCCUUCAGCUUUUUCAACAGUUCUUUGCUUAUUCUUUUUUUUUUCUCGCUUUAUUAAAUUCUGAUUUGAAUUACAGUGACCUCUAAUCUGUAAAUGUUCAUUUUAAUUGAAGUAAUAUUUGAGGAGUACAUUAUUUGUCUACUAUGUGCAAAAACAGAGUUACUUUAACAUUUCCCGAUUCAAUAUCUUUUUUUUCCAUUUCCCUACUUUUCUACUACACAUAGACAUAUAUAAUGAUGUGACAGAGCAUAACUAUAAUACAUGAAUUCAUUUUAGUAUAUCUGCAUCUCGGGGCAAUUAUUUUCUCUCAGAAUUUAAUAACCUUACAUGUACCACUUAAGUGUUCUUGAUUACAUUACUUGGGCUGUGGAAUUUGUAAACACAAUCAGCCAGAGUAUUAUAGCCCUUGUCAACACUGAGUGUUUAUUACUCUUUAUUAUUUAAAACUGGAAUGUCUAGAAAUGUCUGUGAAAAUUGCAUAUAUCCAGCUACAUAAAAAAAAGAACCAGUUGUCUGUCAGGAUAAGAUUAAUAACUCCACAGAUGAUGAGCAACUUUUACAGUGUGUGUGUGUGUGUGGGGGGGAUAAGAGCAAUUUAUGCAUUUGUCAUAUAGAGCUGUAGGACCUUCACAUACUCUGUCACAACAUAUCUUGAUCUGUGCUGAACUGAAAAUAAAAAUAAAAUGUUCACUAAACUCAUAAGAUGGAAAUAACACGGAGUCUAAAUGUGAGUUGUUUAUCUUAAUGUAGAACACAGGAAUCAGUUUUUGCCCUUAAACAAAAUGUUAAGACAGUGAAGGGCAUCUAAUCAAUUACAGAGGCCCAGUGUAAACUUGCAUCCUCUAUCUUGAGAAUGCCUACACAAUUGGAAUAUGUCAGUAUUACAUGAUUUAUGACGGUUGCACUGAAAACAUUUGCAUUUAUAUUUCAACAUAAGCCAGACAAAACUCUCACAUUCAUUACUGUAACAGUUGCAAGUUACCUUGUAUUUAUUUCUUUGGGAUUUUACCAAGCAUGACAUUUUUGUUUGGUGUUCCACCUCAGAUUCAAGCGUGGCCUACUUUUAGGCUCUCUCAGCACGCUGUUUUAAUUAUUUAAAAACAGAAUGUGAGGGUGUGGGUGGGGGAGGUUCUGAUUCCAUGAAAAUGUUUGAAAACCAGCCUUCAUUAGCAUACUUUGAAAUAAAAAAAGAAAUCCUCUAACGUGCACUAAUGUACAGUAUCAAAACGAUUAUUUUUUGUGAAAUCGUUAAUUAAUUUCAACCUGUAGUUAUUUACUAAGCAUGCUCUGAAACAAAAUGGCAUGUUGUCAAAUUAAUACAGCUCUUGGAGUUUUGAGGUGACUGUUGGUGUCCUACUAGUCACUUGGGGUACUUAAACAUUUGUGAAAUCUGAGAAUCCUCAGAUACCUCUUAAAUUGUCUAGAUUACUGUCGCAAUCAACCUUUUCUGCCCAGUCUUUAAACUUCAUUUUAAUGUACUUCUCAACUUUGCACUGCAGUGUCCAUGAAUGCUGCAUUGCAGAGAGAUUUACCAUGCUGUAAACAUCAACUGACAGAAAUUGUGUCCAUGUUUGAUGUUUCUCAAAUAUAUUACCAUUUUCCAAAAAGGGGUGACAUUUCACUUGAAGUACUUUUUUUACUCAAAACUUUAUGCCUGUACAUUCUACAAUGUUAUGAAUAAUCUUCAAGUUACAUCAGUGGGGUCAGUCUACAGUCAUGCCUUGAGCCUCCAUGCAUCACCCAAGUGGGACAUUAAGCUGCCCCAAAAAUAUUUUGACAUUUUGGACACUUAAGCCAAACAAAAUUGUCUGAAUGUUAUUGCAUUAGAGAACAACAUUUCAAACUUCGUGGCCUCUGUAAACAAAUAAUGCAAACAAUAACUUUUCUGAUUUUUUAUUUAUUUAAUCAGUUCCCUUUGACUUAAUACAAGUGUCCUAGCAAAGUAACCACAAGUGUAGUUUAUCACAUGUUGUACAUGUUCCACAAAGUUUGGCAACCAGAAAGUGUAAAAAAAAACUUGUUUUUUCUACUUAAUAUAUCAUUUGAAAUUUUCAUUUGAAAACAAACCUUUUUUGCGUGAAAUGUUCUGCUUGCAAAGAGUGUUUAUGCAAUAUUUCUUUAAAACAAAUGCCACAUGGUUUGCUAUAUUUAAAAUAAUGCAAAGACAUUCACACCUUUUUUAUGAAUUACUAUUGUGGCCACUGUAUGCUUGAUUUUAUUUAUUUAUUAAUUUGUUUUUGAGAGGUAUCAAUGUCCAGAACCAAAGUGCUGAAUGUAAAUAGUUUGACUGCAUUGAAUUCUAUGAGAGACAAUAUAGCUCAGUAAAGAGCAUGAGGUGCCAGCAUGAAAUAGUGCAGAGCUAAUUUUCUUGGUUGAUAGGAGAUAGGAAUUUUGUAUCUGUAUAUGGUGUUUAUGAUUCUGUACAGAGCCUGAUAUGGGCAGGCCAUGAAAUGAAACAUUAUCUUUAUACUCUUUUAACCAUUCUCUCUCUCUCUCUCUCUCUCUCUCUCUCUCUCUCUCUCUCUCUCUCUCUCUCUCUCUCUCUCUCUCUCUCUCUCAAUGUUUUAACAAGAUGUACAUGUUCUUAUAUGAUUAAUAAAAGGAUGAA